UCAUUAAUCAUUAUUCACUUUACGGGUGCCUUGUAGAAUAUUUAAUUAACCAUUACUCAGUACUCAGUAGAUGGAUUAUAAUUUAUUAAUUGUGUCUAUAUCCCGUUUAGCAGAACACUUUCCAACCGUACAAGUCCGUCAAUGCCGUUUUAUCUAGAUGUAAUAAGUUUGCAGUGACGUCGAGUUUAGCUGAGCAGAGUUGUUUUAUUUGGGAUUUGGAUCAUCAUUCAUCACAAUACAAAAACAACACUGCACUUGUGUGUUAUCAUGUAUGUAGUUCGCGUUUAAGUGACGACGUCUUGUAGUGUCUAGUAGACUUAGAGCUACGACGAUUGCGCUACGCAAGAUGGGCAGCUGCUUCAGUUGUCAAAGGGGCUCGUCCGGCAAGAAGGAUAUGACGGGUUCACCGUCAAAUGCUGGCAAUAGUAAAGACAACAUUUUGCCAGCCGUACCCAGUGUACCCACACAAAACAUGCCACCCCAUGAAAUUCGUGAGGUCAGGAAUGGACCAAUGCCACCAGUCCCUGACCAGGAGCCUUCCAAUGCCACAAAUGCAUCAGCAAAAAUAUUCGUAGCUCUUUAUGAUUACGAUGCACGCACCGAUGAAGACCUCAGUUUUAGGAAAGGAGAACAUUUAGAAAUUCUAAAUGAUACGCAAGGAGAUUGGUGGCUAGCUAGAAGCAAAGCUACUAAACAAGAAGGUUACAUUCCUUCUAAUUAUGUUGCCAAAUUGAAGUCUAUAGAGGCUGAGCCAUGGUAUUUUGGCAAGAUUAAAAGAAUUGAAGCUGAAAAAAAAUUGCUUUUACCAGAAAAUGAUCAUGGAGCAUUUUUAAUUAGGGAUUCUGAAAGUAGAAGAAAUGAUUACUCUUUGUCUGUUCGCGAUGGUGAUACUGUUAAACAUUACCGAAUCAGACAAUUAGAUGAAGGUGGAUUUUUCAUUGCUCGGCGUACAACCUUUAGAACUCUACAAGAACUAGUAGAGUACUAUAGUAAAGAUGCCGACGGUUUAUGUGUCAAUUUACGUAAGCCUUGUGUACAGGUCGAAAAACCAGUAACAGGGGGUUUGUCUCAUAGCACAAGAGAUCAGUGGGAAAUUGACAGAUCUUCGUUGAAGUUUGUUAGAAAAUUAGGACAUGGUCAGUUUGGUGAAGUUUGGGAAGGCUUGUGGAAUAAUACGACACCAGUUGCUAUAAAAACACUGAAGACUGGUACAAUGGAUCCCAAAGAUUUCUUAGCUGAAGCACAAAUUAUGAAAAAACUCAGACAUACCAAAUUAAUUCAAUUAUAUGCUGUUUGCACUAUGGAAGAGCCAAUCUAUAUUAUCACUGAACUUAUGAAAAAUGGAAGUUUAUUAGACUUUUUACAAGGUAAAGGACGUGGCUUAAAACUCCAACAGUUAAUUGAUAUGGCAGCUCAAAUAGCUUCUGGUAUGGCAUACCUUGAAUCUCAGAAUUAUAUUCAUCGUGAUCUUGCUGCUAGAAAUGUUCUUGUUGGAGAGAGUAACAUUGUGAAAAUUGCAGAUUUUGGUCUUGCUCGACUUAUAAAGGAGGAUGAAUAUGAAGCUAGAGUUGGUGCUAGAUUCCCAAUCAAAUGGACUGCACCAGAAGCUGCUAAUUAUAGCAAAUUUUCUAUAAAAUCUGAUGUAUGGUCAUUUGGAAUUUUACUUACUGAGUUAGUUACCUAUGGCCGAAUACCUUAUCCUGGUAUGACCAAUGCUGAGGUAUUGCAUCAAGUUGAGCAUGGUUACCGAAUGCCAAUGCCACCUAAUUGUCCAACGGCGUUGUAUGAUAUUAUGUUAGAAUGUUGGCACAAAGAUGCAAUGAAGAGACCAACAUUUGAAACACUUCAAUGGAAAUUGGAAGAUUUUUUCACAAUGGAGGGGUCUGAGUAUAAAGAAGCAUCGGGUUACUGAGAUCACGCCCGCCUCUCGGAGUGGCCUAUGCAACAGGCCAUCGCUCUACGCGGUGCUAAUCCUCAAGCAGCCGCCAUAUAUAUGCAACACGCAUCUGCGGUUUAUCACGCACAUAGACAUCAACUACAUCAUUUGCACAAUAUUUAUCAUUAACACUGCUAGGUACAUCUUUGACCAUCAUUACUUUUGGUAAGUCAUAAAUGUUUAUAACUUAUUGUCAGUUUCUUUCUUUCUUUUUUUUUUUUUUGAUGUUCUUAUGAA